GUCUGUUAGAAGUGUUUUAGGUUAGGGUUAGUGGUGGAUACGCUGAUCCUAGCUCAGAGCCGAAAGGCAGCUUGUUUGGUGUCAGUGCAGAGAGAACAAUUUCCUGUUCAGACCUGGAAGUUACAGCCAGCUGCUACACAGACACAGCAUAUCAACAACACAAGGUUCAGACCACAGGGCCGUUUGGCAGGCUCCACUUCCUCAUUGUCAACAGAAACUGAGAGCAAGACAAGAGAGAACAAAUAACUGUGACACCUGUCUCUGUUCAACGCCUACACAUUUGACCUGUUACAGUUAACUGUGUGCAGCAGGACUUACCUCAUCACAAGCAACCUGGUGUACGCAGACUUGACAGACUAACCUGGAGUGUGGAUCAUAAGUUGGACAGUUACUGCCAGAAAUGUACUAAGAAACUUACCGCAAGGUAAGGUUAGAUUCAAGGACACUGAAACAGUCAGGGCGGAAAAACUGGAACCUCUGGUUCAGUGGAACACAACCUUAUCUGAUUGUGCUCUGGAACGUGAGGACUUCUGCAGUGGUAUCAUCAUAAAUACAAUCCAGUUCUACACCUAUGGGUACGCUGAGAUUAUGUCACCAUAGAGUUGUUUAAUUGUGUUGAAAAAUUAAACAUGCUGCAGCAGACAGAGCUCAUCUUUGAGUAUGCCAGUGACCGUGUCAACAAUGGACCUCAGCUUGAGGAGCAUUCUGCGUUCCCUGCAGUGAUUGUAGAACAGGUCCCCCACGCACAUCUACUCUCCUACUCAGGCCUGGUCUGUGAGCAAACACACUCUGACGUCCAUCCACUCUCAGUGGAGGGGUGUGAGAGUGGGGAUGAAGAAACCAUGGAGACACUGGUUGCUGCUGAGACUAUCCUUAACAUGGAUUCUACUGAUACUCUCCUGGAGCAACAGCACUACUCCCAAAUGUUUGUGCCACUUCUUGGGGAUGUCAUCACCGCUCCUGUUACCCAGGUGACCGUGUCAGCAGAGGGGAUUGUGGGAGCUGUGGACCAGCCUCAGUGGUUCACAUCCCCUGUGGAGAAUGUUGUGGCGCAGCCACAAAAGAGGAGAGGGAGGAAACCUCGACACAGCAGGCCUGAAUCACCAACCCCUGACAUCAUAGUGAAGAGGAGCAAGUAUAAAUACAAAAAAGGCAACACGUUAUACCUGUGGCAAUUCCUGAUGGAGCUACUCCAGGAUAGGCAAGCCUGCCCCCGCUACAUCAAAUGGACCAAUCCCCAUGCAGGAAUCUUCAAGUUGGUCAACUCAAAGGCUGUGGCCAGACUCUGGGGAAAACACAAGAAUAAACCAGACAUGAACUAUGAGACCAUGGGCAGAGCCCUCAGGUAUUAUUACCAGCGAGGUAUCCUAAACAAGGUGGAGGGCCAGAGGCUGGUCUACCAGUUCACCUCGCUGCCUGAAGACAUGGUCUACAUCACUGAUGGUAAAGAAGAAGCUGAUAAUGAUGAUAAAGAAGAGGAGGAGGAGGAUAAUAGUGAUGACGACGCAAUCUGUGACAACCCAGAGGACAGUUCUUCUAGUGAUGAUGGAGGUUCCUAUGAGCAUUCACCCCCAGCCUCUAGACCUGUCCACCAUCCUGGCCGAAAGACCCCCACCAGAACAAGGGAAACAAAACCUCCGGGCCAGCCCAGAUCAAGGCCUCGCCCCCCUGCCUCAGCACCAGCCCAGCGCGCUACGGUCCUCAGGUCCACAGGGGACAGUCUGAUCCAGCAGAGGCAUUUGCCCAUCGUGUCUGCUGAGAUGCUGCGGACUCUACAGAACCUCGAGAGAGUCCAGUCUCUGCAGCCAGGCGGCCACGCGUCUGUCUUCAAAACCGCUCAGCUGCUCGGGAGUCUUUGUGAGAAACAAGCCUCUAGUAGCAAUAAAACAGAAGGUCAGCAUGGGGUGAUACAGGUGCUGAACCACCCUGAUGGGACUACUGCCACAGACGAGAAGCUAGUCUCUAAACAGCCUGCCAGCCAGCCUCAGAUAGUGACCCUGCAGCUAGCACCCCUCACUAGUUUUGACCAAUAAAAACACAGGCAGCAGUCUCAGGACUAACUCAGUAUGCCCUGUCAGACUGUCAGUGCCUUGUCAUCAGGGAAACAUCAACCCAACAACAAAAUUGCCUGUGACAAUAACUUUCUGAUUGGGAGUCCCUCUAGAGAGUUACAAUCUUAGAAGUCUUUGUGCCCUUAUAGACGCCAUUAGAAGUUAUUAGAUUUUCAACCAGAGACCAAAAACAUGCACUGGAAUCUACAGCCACUCUGCAGAAAUGUAUAGCUGUUUCUGCUUGCACUUCAUCUCCAUUGUAUGGGAGCUUAUACUCUGAUCAAUACACUGUUAUAUUUUCUUUCUUUCUCUCAACCCCCCCCCACACACACACACACACACACACACUUCACAUUUGCCUUGAACAUUGCCUUGCACUAAUUGUAAUACACACCCUGUCCCUGUCCCUUCUUCCACCUUUCCUUGUGCUUCAGACCGACCUGAUGCAACUCUUAACCAAAGACAUUCCAGAUCAGUUUAAUGUGGGCCACUGUACUGUUUUGAAUAGCAUGCUUGGUACAAAGGUAUCUAUAGUACAGGAUUAAACAAACCUGAAGAAAACACACCAGCUGCAUUCUAAACCGGUUCUUCUUGAUAUGCAUUCCACAGACUAACAUUAUGAAUGUUGUUAAUGGAUACAAGUUGUGUCGUGUAGAAAUCAUAAACUAGAAAUCUACCAAUCACCAGUGCCUUGGGAACAUUUCUCAUGAAUGACAAUCAACAAACAAAAAAGGGAUAUAGACCAAACCUGUCCUAUAUACUUAUUUUAAUGUAUCUUAAUGUUAGCAUUUCUGCACUCAAUACCGUUCUAUUAUGACUGUAAAUAUACUUACUCCACCAUAUAUUUCUUUAUGUAUUUAUGUGUUUUGUCUUAUAUAUACUUUUUGUGAACUUGUGCAACUUUAUAUUGUUGACACUUGCCAGCUGUCUCUCAGGAUUGUAAAAUGUUGUUUCCGCACAUACUCCCACCCAAACUUAAUUGUCUAUGCAAGGAGUAAGAAUAAAUUACAGAAAAGUGUAUUGUUUUGAUUUUUACCUCCUUGGUCUUAAAUUUGUUGCUAGGAUUCAGACAAGUGAAUUCUACCAAGAUCUAUGGACCAUUUUACAAAUAAAAUUAAACGUCUAACUAGGGUACUGCCCUUGCAAUUGUCUGUGCUCACAAUUAAAUGUAUUUGUGGUGGAGUUAUAAAGGUAAACGCGUACCAUUCUUUUUGUUGUAUACAAUGUGUUAAUUUGUCUAAUUUGAUAAUAAAAAAAAUAUUUGGGAA